UUGGUCCUCUAAACCGCCUGACCCUGUGUGCAGGCAGCAGGACUGAGACAGUAUAAGAAGUCCAGGCUGGACCAGCAGCAGGACCACGGGUGCGUCGCAGAAAACAUGGCGAGCUGCCCAGGAGCCAGCUGGAACUGGAGGCCUCUCGGAGUCUUCAGAACGGCCCGGCUUCUUUGCCUCAGUGCCCUGAUCUCUGAACUGAUGAACCAGAACGGAGCAGCAGCGUGGACCUAUAAUUACAGCAGCAGCCCCUACUCGUGGAAUUCCUCCCGUUUAUUCUGCCAACGGUUCUUCACAGAUUUAGUGGCCAUCCAGAAUAAAGACGAAAUCGCUUACCUUAAUGAUUUCUUGCCUUACUACAAAGAUUACUACUGGAUCGGGAUCCGGAAGAUCAAUAAUCAAUGGACCUGGGUGGGGACCAAAAAGACUCUGACCAAGGAGGCUGAGAACUGGGCCGACAAUGAGCCUAACAACAAGAAGAACAACCAGGACUGCGUGGAGAUUUAUAUCAAGAGCGCGUCGGCCCCCGGCAAGUGGAACGAUGAGCCGUGCGGGAAGAGGAAGCGGGCGCUGUGCUACACAGCCUCCUGCCAGGACGCAUCCUGCAGCAGACAAGGGGAGUGCAUCGAGACCAUCGGGAACUACACCUGCUCCUGCCACCCCGGCUUCUACGGACCAGACUGUGAAUAUGUCAGGGAGUGCGGGGCCCUGGAGCUCCCUCAGCGUGUGCUCAUGAACUGCAGCCACCCUCUGGGAGACUUCUCCUUCAACUCACGGUGCAGCUUCCACUGCGCCGAAGGGUACACCGUGGAUGGAGCCCGCGAGCUGGAGUGUUUGGCUUCUGGAAACUGGUCGAAUAAGCCCCCGAACUGUGUAGCCACCCCGUGCCCAGCCCUGCGGCCCCCCGAGCGAGGCAGCAUGCGCUGCCAGCACUCUGCAGACACGCACCCCCGCCAGUCCAGCUGCAGCUUCAGCUGCGAAGAGGGAUCCGUCUUAGUUGGGCCCGAGCUGGUGCAGUGCACAGCCUCAGGGGUGUGGACGGCCUCGCCCCCUGUGUGCAGAGACGUUACCUGUGAGCCACUGGAGAGUCCCACCCAUGGAAGCAUGGCCUGCUCUCCAUCCUCGAGAGCAUUUCAGCACAACACCAGCUGCAGCUUCCACUGCGAUGACGGCUUCGUGCUGAGCGGAGCCGACACAGUUCAGUGCGCUGGCAUGGGACAGUGGACAGCGCCAGCCCCAGUCUGUCAAGCUUCGCAGUGCCAGGAUCUGCAGGCUCCGAACAGGGCCCAGAUGAACUGCACCCACCACUUUGGUGCCUUCCGCUACCAGUCCACCUGCAGCUUCACCUGUGACGAAGGCUCACUCCUGGUGGGAGCAAGCGAGCUCCAGUGCUUGGCUGCUGGGGACUGGAGUGCGCAUCUUCCAGAGUGCCAAGUCAUUACCUGCAUGCCGCUGCAAAGUCCUCAGAACGGAACAGUGACCUGUGACCAACCUCUGGGACCUUCCACUUAUAAGUCUACUUGUCACUUCACCUGUGAUGAGGGAUUCUCCCUGGCAGGACCAGAAAGACUGGAUUGCACUUCAUCUGGGCACUGGACAGGUUUCCCACCCACGUGUGAAGCCAUCCAGUGCCCAAGAUUACUUGCCCCAGAGUGGGGACGGCUGGAUUGUUCUCACACUCGUGGAGAAUUCAGCAUUGGCUCCACCUGCAGCUUCUCCUGUCACGAGGGCUUUCGGCUGGAGGGGGCCAACAGUGUUAAAUGCACGGCUUCUGGGAGAUGGACAGCACCUCCGCCAACCUGCGAAGGUGCAGCAGCCGCUCCUACGCCAGCGGUGCGCUGCCCGGCCCUCGCCACUCCGGAGCAGGGCACCAUGUCCUGCAGACACCGGCUGGGAGCCUUCGGGUCGAACACCACCUGUUCCUUCGGAUGCAGAGCCGGGUUCACACUCAGGGGAGAGAGCACGCUCCGAUGCAGGCCGUCAGGACAGUGGACAGCAGUGGCGCCAGCCUGCACAGCUGUCAAAUGCUCCGAGCUGCCCAUGGUGGAACCACUACUGAUGAACUGCUCGAACCCUUGGGGGCAGUUCAGCUAUGGGUCAACCUGCACCUUCCACUGUCCAGAGGGACAACUGCUUAACGGCUCGGCGAGGACAGCGUGCCAACACACAGGCCAGUGGUCCACGGCCAUGCCCACCUGCCAAGGGGGGCCUCUGACUGUGCAGGAAACUCUGACUUACUUUGGGGGGGCUGUGGCCUCUGCAACAGGCUUGGCGAUAGGUGGGACCCUCCUGGCUCUGCUAAGAAGGCGUUGCAGACAGAAAGAUGAUGGGAGAAGCCCCCUGAACCCUCAGAGCCAACUGGGCACAUACGGAGUUUUUACAAAUGCUGCAUUCGACCCGAGCCCUUAAGUACUCGUCCUUCUCCUGGUCACUUGGCCUCAGAAGACCCCUGUGGUUGAACACCAGGCUUCCUGUUAUACUUGACUAACUGGAGUGUGUUUGCUGCAGUUUUCUGUAAAUACUUGUGAGCAAAGGACAUGGCAUUUCCUUGAGAUUAGCUCUGGCCCAGAGCAGGGGGACUGUGCCGUGAGCCCACACUCUCCACCCACCCCCCUUCCCGCUCCACCUCUCCCCUCCCUCCAGCUGGCGGGCAGUGGUCUGUGGGCUUUGCCCUGGCUGUCACUCGGAAUACUAAUUGGCCAAAGGCUGGAGCAUCUGAGUCACCAGAAGACCACACUGUGGAAACAUGAAAGCGCAUCUUUAUUUUGGGGGGAUGGAGGGAGGCAUUCUGUCCUUUUUUGGAAGUCAGGAAGGGUGUCUCUGGCCGGAGGAAAUGUCUGUAGGUCUCAGGGAUCUCCAGAGGGGCUGUUGGUGACACCUCUUACACUUCUGCCGCUGAGGCUUCCAGGGAUGCUGCAGAAGACCGAGGAUGAAGACAGGAAGGCACAGGCCACUGUCGCUGGUCCCCCCACUUGUCACUCUCCCCCAAAGACCAAUACUCAAACGUGUAAUGAACAGGCUUCCCCCCAAAUGCCAUGUUCUAUCAUUUGAUGUUUUGUUCAAUGAGGUCUGUGUCCAUCACUUUGUUUACAUCGAUGUAAUUCAGAACUACCACUGCCCCCUUUACUGUUUGACCCUUUCACCAGUCAGGAAGUAUGUGCCGUACCGCCUUCCACAAGGAGAAAACCAGAGAAGCACCAAGGGUCUUCAUCACCGGAACGUUCUCCAGGGAAGAACGGGCGUGUUUCACACACUCUUCAAAUCACAUUUUUUUUUAAAGAUUUUAUUUAUUUAUCUUUAGAGAGGAAGGGAAGGGAAGGAGAGAGGGAGAGAAACAUUAGUGUGGGGUUGCCUCUCCUGUAUCCCCUGCUGGGACCUGGCCUGCAACCCUGGCAUGUGCCCUGACUGGGAAUCAAACCUUGAUCCUUUGGUUUGCAGGCCCACGCUCAGUCCACUGAGCUACACCAGCCAGGGCUAAAUCACAUUUUCAAUAAAUCGGUUGUUGAAAGUCGCCCAGGGGUCAUCUGGAGCCAAUCACAUGUAGAGAGGCCAACAAUGCCACUCUCUGGUCUCUGUGAAAUGUGAGGCAGUGGACACAUCACGCAGACUGAAUGACACACAGGCAAAUGUGCAAAUAAAAAUGGUGAAACCGUCUAA